AUGGCUGAAAUCGACGCUGGCAAAGCCCAAGUUGGAAGCCACGAGCACAGUGACGAUAUCGAUGAGUGGCAAGUCAUAGACCAGGUGCUUGGCUACUUGUCACAGUACAAUGGCCAUCCAGACGGCAACGAUGCAGAGGAGGUGCCAUCGGUGCCAUGUGCCGUCCGAGUUGCCAGCUGCAGCUCGAACGGCUCGCAGGUGUUGCCAUUGAUCGAUGCCUUGCGCAGGGCCAUCGCCAUUGUUCAAGGCCGGCCACAAAUGGUGCAGAUGGCUGAGGAUGAACGCCGUCAACUCUCUUCAAAGGCUGGGUGGCAUGGGGAUCAAAGUAACUAA